AUGCAGGAGCUGAGUCAGGAGGCGUACCAAAAAGCAGAGCGAGCUCUACGUUCUUGUUCCUACUUAUUGACCAAGAGCUCUGGGAAAUUUCCGGCCAUUGCUCACAUGACCCGAGCGUCUUAUGCCCGUGCUUGCUUGAAAGCUUGUCAGUUCAUUGACCUUGACUGCAUCGUGAAGGACAUGGAGACGGAUUGCCACGCUGGCAAAAACCGCCACCAGAUCUUGUGGGCUAGCUUGCCCCGUGUGCAGCGGCUGGAAUACCUCUACAAGCUUGUUCGGGAGAAAAAUGGUCAGUUUCUCUUCAUGGGCGUGUUUGUGUGCCAACGGGCCUUUCAAGUGCUGACUGGAGUGCCAGCUGGCACGAUUCAGCAAGCCCGUGAGGCAGUGCAGCAGAAGGUCACCACUGCUAUCACACGGCGGGAAGGGAUGAUGUGGGCUUCGAUCCGCAACAGCAGCGCCGCUCCGCGGUAUUUAGACGCCAGGGCUUGGAUCGAGGCUCACGCCGAGAAGUUCGCGGAGCACAGCCCUAUAACGGGUCAGUACGUGCUUCCAUGUGGACGUAAGUCCGACUACUAUAGCAUGUACUGUUGGGAGCGCUGGCAUGACGUGUUGCACCACUUAGAUGGGAAGUGGGCAGCGCAGAACACGCAGCAUGCCGAAGCGCUUGAUGCGCUGAAGCUCCGGCUUGGACGGCAUUACGCAUUUCAGGCCAGUCAACGCUUGGCUGACGAACGUCUGAUGGAGCAGACCCGAAGGCGUGCCACCCCGCUGAUGAAGACCGGGUUUGUCCUGGUGGUUGGACUUGUGGCAACAAUUUGGAACGGGGCUCCCAGGGACGACGUGGUGUUGACCACUUUGUAUGAAGGUGAUUCGAAGCAUGGCGGCAACAUGCAGGCAAGCUUGUUGUUCAUGAACUUCCACCGUAAGGUGGUGGCUACUGGCGUGGUCCCAGAAAGCUUGGUGAUUUCUGCGGACAAUACACCCAAGGAAACCAAGAAUGCUUUGGUUUUCACCUGGAUGGUUUGGCUCUUGUGCUGCUUGAGGGAGACGCGGCUUUGGAGGGUUCGGACUGUCUACAAGCUUGUGGGGCACACUCACAGCCACUGUGAUCGGCUAUUCAGUCGUGUCAAGGCCAGUCUUAUGGGCAAGUCCUACAUCUCCGAAGAUGACAUGAUGAAUAUCAUUGUGGCAACUUUGAAGUCGUACACAUUGGAUUGGAACCACCUGCAUGCUUCUCUGAACUUUGAGGAGUUGAAGAGACUGCUGGGACUGGAGAUACAUGCAGUCGGGAACGUGCAUGACCUUGAAGUCUUCAGGACAAACGGUGGCAUCUAUGUGCGGUGGAAACAAUACUUGAGCACGCCUCGUGGUGGCAGCAGAGAAACAUCGACAGUGGCGAUGGCCAGGCCCCCGCACAUCCGUCACUGCUUCAGUCAGGACAUGAAGACAAACUUUCGUGACUUCCUGGGGAGGGUUGAAGUCCAACUUGGCUCCAUGAAUCUUUUGGAUGACCCCGUGAAGGCUGGCAUGGCCUGGUUGAACAAUGUGACUCAGCAGGACACGGACAGUGUCUUGCCAGUUGACGCCAUACUUUCUGAUAUCGGACGUGGUGGUGCUGCAGUUGGCACGAUUCGGUCAGAGAGCAUGGCUUCUGUGCCUGAGGACGUGCUGUUGUUCAAUUGCCCUGGGGCUGACAUGCCUGGGAUGCCGCUGGAAAAUUUGGUCCGGUUGGGGGGAACUGUCCAGGACGAGCCGGCGAUUGAGAUCAUGUGUGUGACAGGGGACUUUGCAAUUGUAGACAACACGAGCUCUUCGAAAGCCCUCCCCUUUUGCUUGGGUGAGGUGAUUGACAUUGAUGAGGACUCUGCCAUCAUUCAAUGGUGGCAUCCUGGCAAGAGCAAAGAGGCCAAUUUGAAGGCCGGCCGAAAGAAGGCCAUUUUAGACUUGUUUGGAGAGUGGGCUCCAACCGACGACCUGCCGUUGACCGAGUUAGAGCCUCUCCCUCCUUCCAUCCUCAGCCCGUCCAAGAUUUUGAUUUGGGGCUUCAACCUGGAAUCUGGCCAGGUGCCCUUUGAGAUCUUAGACAAAGUCAUGGAUCUCGACUUUGUCGAUUUGACGGGCCUCAAGCUCUCCUCAACAAAGAGAGGUUCCCUGUACCGCGCGCACCGCCUCAUGCGCACGCAGUAG